AGGAGGAGGAGCGACGGCGGCGCUUCCGUAGCGGGUCAUUGUGAUGAGCGCGCGCUUUGACUAGGCGAUGGGGCUGCUCGAGCUGUGCCAGGGGGCCUUCGGCGCCAACGACCUGUACCAGGUGCUGGGCGUGAAGCGCGAGGCGCCUGCGAGCGAGAUCCGCCGCGGCUACCGCAAGGCCUCCCUGCGGGUGCACCCGGACCGCGCUGACCCGGCCGAGAAGGAGAAGGCCACCCUGCAUUUCCAGAUUCUGGGCAAGGUGUAUGCAGUGUUGAGUGACCAGGAGCUGCGAACUCUAUAUGACCAGCAGGGGAUUGUGGAUGAAGAAUCAACUGUGCUGACCGAGGACCGCAACUGGGAAGAAUACUGGAGGUUGCUCUUCAAAAAAAUAAGUGUAAAAGACAUUGAAGAUUUUGAAAAGAAGUACAAAGAUUCUGCAGAAGAGCUGGUGGACAUUAAAUCAUCGUAUGAGGACUUUAAAGGCGAUAUGGACAGAAUUAUGGAUUCUGUGCUGUGUGUUGAUUAUACAGAUGAACCAAGAAUAAGAAAGAUUAUCCAACAUGCCAUUGACGCUGGAGAACUUCCAUCCUAUAAAGCUUUUGUAAAAGAGUCUAAGCAAAAGACAAGUGCAAGAAAAAGGAGGGCUGAACAAGAAGCUAAAGAGGCAGAACAAUCAAGAGAAGAACUGGGUCUUGGCGAAGGGGAAGAUGACUUGAAAGCACUAAUUCAAAGCAGAAAUGAGAAUCGAAAAAAAGAAAUGGAUGGAUUUCUGGCUCAAAUGGAAGGAAAGUAUGGAAACAAAUCCAAAAAAGGAGGAAAGAAAACAGCACCCAAGAAAGGAAUGAAAUGACUUUUUAUAAAUGUUCCAACUUCUUUUCUUCCAUUAACAUUAAUCUUACUUUGAAGCAGCUAAGGAACAACAUGCUUUCAUCGAUUCCUUGCAAAUGAUAUAGAGUAGAUGACACAUUCAGAAAAAGUGAGAUCUAUAAAUAAAGCUGCUAUGAAACUCUUCUAAGCGCUGCAGGACUCUAGGUGACGUUUAGCAGGACUACAGUUGUCUAGCAAGAUUGCUGUAAACAAUGAAAUGGUUGACACAAAAAGCUUGGUCAGGCUAAAAAUCUGCCAUCCUAUAUUUAUGGGGGGGGGGAGUUUGCUGCAGGAAUAUGUGUAAUCACUUUUGAACAUACUUAGAGUCAAAUAUGGCAAAUAUUGUCAAUUUUGUAUAAAAAAAUUGAAGCUUUUGUUAAACUUAAUAAAACACAUUUUUGAAAAGUA